AUUUCUCAGUUACGACGUGAAGGAACCGGUGUGUUGGGUUGUGUUUUGUUUUUUCCUCGUCCGCCAUGUUAUGUUCAUAAGCUAGUCGAGUGUCGAGUUAAAUCAUUUCAAAUUGGGCCAUCAUGUGGAAAUAUAUAGUGUUCGGCGUAGUGACCCUGCUGGUGGACAAUUCUGAUCAAAAUUUAAAAGAAACAGAUAAGCUUUUCGUUAACACUUUAUAUGACAACAGAACAUUAGAACAAACGGCUUGCAACACCAUCGUAGGGGUGACGGAGGGCUGCGCGGAGUGUUAUCUCUGCGACCACUACACAAUACAAUAUCAUAUUAGUAAAAAUCAUGACAUCCAACACUUAACUUUUUACAACGACGACUGUUCAAGCACAAAAUUAUGCUGCGUCAACCAACUGGAUCUUAAUAGCUAUCGGACAAAUGAAAAGUGCGGUGUGGAUAACCCGGAAGGCAAACCACGCCGGGUGCGACCGUCAGUGCAUUCUGUGCUACCGGGACAGUAUCCAUGGAGAGCUUGGGUGUAUUUUUACAGUGAAAACAUAAUACUCUGCGCUGCGACGUAUGUCAGCGAGUCUUCCCGCGCAUUGGUGACGCUCGCUAGCUGCGUCAGCGGAUACCCUGUGAGCGAGUUGGUCGUCACGUUUGACAAGACAGCCGACACCCCCCCCAACGUGCAGCAGGUCGUCAUUCAUCCGGAGUAUAAGGAACUGAAUCCUCUGAACGACAUCGCGAUACUGUUCCUACAUUCGUCGGAUUCUCUGCCACGGGUAGCGAUGGAGGCCUGCUUGCCGCAGUGGCCGCCCAAGUUCAGCAAGUCCUGCAUCAGCGUGUCUGAAGAUGACUUAGAAGUGAACUCGAUAAUACCACUACAGUCCAGGUGCAACAGCACACUCCUGCACCCCUCCCUCAUGUGUACGGUCUCAUACAAACAUGCGUACACGCCGGAGCUUGGCGGUGGACUAUUCUGCAUGGAAGAAGAGGAACAGUAUUUCCGUUUUAUAUUAUAUGGGAUUUUGAUAGAAAAAAUCGACAACUUGCAUAUGUAUUCGAAUGUGACUAAUCACGUCGACUGGUUGAGAAAUAAUAUAGAUUGUAAUUAAUAAAGAUUUCGUAAACAC